AUGGAGUGUGAUAGUAGGUUGGAGGGGAGUCAGGGGGGGAGUGAGGAGGAGGAUGAAGAGGUGGAGGAGGUGGGGGAUGAAAGUGCUGGGGAGGAGGAGGCAGUGGGUGCCCAGGAGGCGGAGGCAGAAGAGGACGAAGGGAGGGCGAUGAGUGUGCGGAGGAGCAGCCGUGGUGGUGGUGGGAGGAGCAGUGUGAGUAGUGUGGAGGUUUUGAACGGAGCAGGGAGGGUGUGGGGUGGGGCAAGGGAGGAGGGGGAGAGGAGAGAGAGUGGGGGCAGCAGCGGGAGGAAGAGCAGGAGCAGCAUGAAGGGUGGGAGGGCUGCGGGGGUUGGUGGUGGGCGGAGGAGGAAGCUGGUUGCAUGGAGCAGCGGUGAGGAGGAGAGUGGAGAGGAGGAUGAGGAGGAGAGUGUAGAAGCGAGUGAGGAGGAAGUGGAGGAGGUGGUGGUGCAAAGGAGUGCAGGGCGUAGGGGGCAGCGAAGGAAUCAGAGGAGGGCUAGUGGGCUGGAAGCAGAAGAAUCAGAGGAAGGGGAUGGAGCAAGAGGAGCGGAGGAGGUAGAGGACGAGAGUGAGGGUGUUGAGGAAGAGAGUGACGGUGGGGAGGAGGGGAGUGAAAUAGAAGCGAGUGAGGAGGGGAGUGAGGGAGGAGAUGAGAGGUACGAGAGGGAUGACUUGGGUGUUGACGAAGUGGAUGGGGAGGGGGGAUUUGAUGAGGAUGGGGAAGGGGAGGAGGCGGAGGGGUAUGAGGAGGAUGAGGAGGAAGGGAAGGAGGAAGAUGGAGAGAAGGGCAUUGCAGCAGAUAAGACCCAGGCGUUUCAGGUUGAACUGCGGCCUGUUGGAGAGAGGAAGCUUCCUGGAAGGCAGGGUGGCUGUGAGGAAAGGAAUGGUAACCAUUGCGGGAUCGAGAACAUUGUCCUGAGGCCUGUGGGCGAGAGGAAGGGCAGGGGGAGGGGGCAGAGGAGAGCGGUAGUGGAUAGUGACAGUGACGGGAGUGAUAGUGAUGGAGGGGUUGUGACUGAAGGGGGAGGGACGGCCAUGAGGCGGUUGAAGAACAGGCGGGCUGCACUGCUUGGGAGUGAGAAGUGA